GAACGGCUCUUAUUGCAACGAAUCAGCUUGUGCGACGUGCUUGUCACCUUCCGGGAGCUGGUCUCUGUAAUGGGGUCGAUGUUUGCGGCUUGUUGAGACAUGCAACUCAGAGCUUCCGCCACUGGGUAUAUAACUUCUAAGGUAGAACCCGAAAUAUUGAACUCUCAGAAUGUAGAUCUUGGAGUUCGGACAAGAGGGAAUACAUUCACUAGCCUAAGGUUCUUGUUCCUCGCUGAAUAAGGAGUCCUUUUUCUCGCCCAUCACCCUUCGCAAUGGUCGCUCCCUCUAAUACCACGACUGACCAUGAUCCCUCUCCAACUGCAUCAAAGGCCGAGGGAACUCAAAUGUUGCAGGUCACGGCAAACGAUCCUUCGAGGCCUGGUGAAGGCCUAUUCCUCUCAUCUAGAAGUGCCUCAUCAGUGUCCAUAAAUACGGCAGAGAAGAAGCCUGAUCCGAUCCUGGUAACAUGGGAAGGCCCAGACGACCCUACGAACCCGAAGAACUGGAGCAAGCGAGAAAAAUGGACGAUAUCCCUAAUCGUCUCUGCUUUUGCUUUCCUCUCACCGCUUUCCUCCUCAAUCGCGGCACCCGCACUUGAUGAUAUCGGCAACGACCUCCACAUUCCUCACGGCUCAUCAGCUCUGCCCAUGGUUAUGUCCAUCUUCCUCCUUACUUAUGCAUUGGGACCUUUUGUACUUUCCCCGUGUUCGGAGGUAUGGGGACGCACACGUAUUAUCAAGAUUGGCAACAUCAUGUUCAUACUCUCGACAGCACUCUGCGGAUGGGCACAGUCGGAAGCUCAGAUCUUAGCCUUUCGCUUUCUCGCAGGCAUUGGUGGAAGUGCGACAAUGGGUAUGGGCAGUGGAAUAUUGGCAGAUUGCUGGCGAUCUGAGGAGAGAGGAAAAGGACUUGCUGUAUAUCAACUUGCACCAGUACUUGGCCCGGCUAUUGGACCUAUCGCCGGAGGAUACAUUGCUCAAUAUGCGAACUGGCGAUGGACUUUCUGGUCCAUUGUGAUAUUCAAUAUCGUCAUCCAAAUUCUCGCAUUCUUCUUCUUGAGUGAAACAUAUGCUCCACGUAUACUUGGCCUCAAGGCAAGAGCGCUUCGUGCGAGCACCGGCGACCCAUCUUACCAAACCGAGUUCGAGAUGCAACAUCGAACACUCCCUGCAUUGCUCAAGGUCUCACUUUCCCGACCCUGGGUAAUGCUCGGAACACAACCAAUCAUCCAGGCCCUCGCUCUCUACCAAGCAUUCAACUACGGUAUGAUGUAUCUGAUCAUCUCCGACUACCCAAAUCUAUGGACGAAGAGCUAUGGCGAGAGCAAGGGCACAGCGUCGCUCAACUAUAUUUCCCUUGCAGUGGGUUCCCUGAUCGGUGUCAACAUCUGCGGCCCGCUCACCGACUGGGUUUAUGCGAGACAAAAGAGGAGGCACGGUAUCGCAGAAGGAGAUCCAGGUCUUCCGGAGUUUCGCAUUCCUUUGAUGAUACCCGCCGCUAUCAUAACUCCCUGUGGCAUUGCGCUCUUCGCAUGGACGGCCCAAUACAAGGCGCACUUCAUUUUGCCCAAUCUUGGCGUAGCCAUCAUGGCUGGCAGUAGUAUGAUUUCGUACCAAUGCAUCGGAGCAUAUAUCGCGGACUGCUACAGCCACUAUACGGCGUCUGCUUCGGCGGCGUGCUGCUUUCUUCGAUCGCUAGGCGCAUUUGCUUUUCCUCUAUUCGCACCGUCGCUUUUUGGUGCACUAGGUUAUGGAUGGGGAGGUAUGGUGCUUGUGCUCGUCGCGGUGGUAAUCGGAGUGCCGGCGCCUUUGCUCCUGUGGAAAUUUGGCGCAAAACUGCGGAGUUAUAGUCGGUUUAGCGUAGUGAAGGAUUAAAUACCCAGCAAGACCACGUAGGGAUCACACGUAUCUUAAUUUUGAGCAGCCAAUGGC